UGAACUAAAAAAUCGGGGACUAUCGCUCCCAAACCCCAUAAAAAUCGGGGACUAUCGCCUCCCAAACCCCAUAUAAGUUGAGCCUGGAACUAAAUUCCUGUGUCGUUCACGAGUCCACACAUCAUACACUAAAUUCUCUCCCAAACACACAGACACGUAGAGAGAUGGAGUACACUAGGAAAACUUUAAACUUCAAAGUGGCGAGGAAAAACCCAGAGCUCAUAACUCCGGCAGAGCCAACGCCUCAUGAAUUGAAGCUACUCUCUGAUAUCGACGACCAAGAGGGCCUCCGUUUCCAAACUCCGGUGAUACAAUUCUACCGAAGCAACCCCUGUGCGGCAGGUAAGGACCCUGUGAAGGUGAUCCGCGACGCCAUUGCCAAGGCCUUGGUUUUCUACUACCCUUUUGCGGGGCGGCUGAGGGAGCGUGGGGACCGGAAGCUGGUGGUGGAGUGCACCGGAGAAGGGGUUGUGUUCGUUGAGGCUGAUGCUGACGUGGCACUGCAGCAGCUCGGGGAUGCCCUCUAUCCGCCGUUCCCAUAUUUGAACAAGCUGCUUCACCAUCUCCCUGCCACUGCGGGAAUCCUCCAUUGUCCUUUAUUGCUUAUUCAGGUGACACGGCUGACAUGCGGCGGGUUUGUGCUAGCCAUCCGCCUGAAUCAUACGCUGAGCGACGCCGCUGGAAUAGUCCAAUUUAUGUCAGCCAUGGGCGAACUCGCCCGCGGAGCUGAGGCCCCUUUGAUUCAACCUGUUUGGGAAAGGCACCUCCUGAGCGCCCGUAACCCUCCGCGCAUGACAUGCACGCACUACGAGUACGGCGACAAUACUGAAGGGAGCACAAUCCCAGCUGACAACAUGGUGGAGCGCAGCUUCGUCUUCACUGCCGCCGACAUCUCCGCCCUCCGCAGCAUCUUACCUCCGCACCUCGGCCGCUGCACCACUUUUGAGAUUGCGGUGGCUUGCACUUGGCGCAGCCGGGCAAUCUCCCUCUAUCAAGACCCCAACGAAGAGAUCAGAAUCUCAUGCUUAGUGAAUUGUCGGAAGCUGUUCAACCCGCCGCUGCCGGAGGGGUACUACGGAAACGCUAUUGUGUACCCGGCGGCCGUCACAACGGCAGAGAGAUUAUGCACAAAUCCGUUACAGUACGCGGUGGAGUUGGUGAGAAGCACGAAAGCACAGGCGGCGGAGGAGUACGUGAGAUCAGUUGCGGAUCUGAUGGUGAUGAGCGGGCGGCCGGCUUUCAGAGUGGCGGGGACUUAUAUAGUGUCUGAUUUAAGGUGGGCUGGUUUUAGCAAGGUGGAGUUUGGGUGGGGCCCGGCGGCGUACGGCGGCCUUGCCCAAUGCGGUAUUGAUUUGGUGCCUGGAGUAGUUAGCUAUGCUCUACCUUAUCAGGAUACAAAGGGAAUGGUGCUGACCAUGAGCUUACCGCCAAACGCCAUGGACAAAUUCAUAAAUGAGCUUCACAAGCUGCUCGGAAAAGAGUGACACACUUUAAAACUUAUCUCACAAAUCAUUUAUUAAUUACCUAAAAAUCACUUGAUGGCCACCAUUUCUCUACCUUACACGCAUCCCUCAAUAUUUUCUUAAAAUUCAUGUCCUUCCAUCCACACCACACUUAUUGUAUACGGAUGGAAUAUUAAACUAUCCAUUUCUUAUUAUUAUGUAAAAUAAUACUCCCUCCGUCCCGGUAUUAA